AGAGACCCACAGGGACCCCACAGGGACACAUAGAACCCCAUAGAGACUCAUAGAGACCUAUAGAUCCUCUAUAGGGGCCCCACAGGGACAUAUAGAUCCUUAUAGAGACCCAGUAGAUCCUCCAUUGGGACACAUAGAUCCCCAUAGAGACCCGUAGGAUCAUGGAAUGGCCUGGGUUGAAAAGGCCCACAAUGACCAUCCAGUUCCAACCCCCCUGCUAUGUGCAGGGUCGCCAACCAGCAGCCCAGGCUGCCCAGAGCCACAUCCAGCCUGGCCUUGAAUGCCUGCAGGGAUGGGGCAUCCACAGCCUCCUUGGGCAACCUGUUCAGUGCGUCACCACCCUCUGAGUGAAAAACUUCCUCCUAAUAUCCAACCUAAACCUCCCCUGCCUCAGUUUAAAACCACUCCCCCUCGUCCUGUCACCACCCACCCUAUAAACAGCCAUUCCGCCUCCGGUUUAUACGCUCCCUUCAAGUACUGGAAGUACCAUGAGGCCUCCCCGGAGCCUUCUCUUCUCUAAGCUCCUUGUUUCAGUGCAGUAACGAGGUACAGGUCGCUCAGUUCUUUAGGUUUAUUUUCAUAGAGUUGGGAGAGGCCUUCAGGAGCCGUCUCCUCCCACUGCCCCGCUCUCAGAGGGGACACACAGCUCCAGCAGGAGCCCAGAGCCCCGUCCUGCCCGCGGGGCUCCCAGCACUGAGCUUCCACCCCAUCGCUGGGCAGCCUCUGCCCGUUCUGUUUCUCCAUGGAGGCGUUGGAAAAGAGCACUGAAGGGGCACAGCACCACGAUCCUUAUGGGUCCCUUUCCCCUCGGGGUAUGCUGUGGUUCUGAGACGAGAACGCAGCGUGUGUUUGGAAGAUGAGAGCACAGCAAUUGUCCUCGUGGUCCACAGCCCAGCCCUGAGCUCAGCUCCAGGCUCAGCCCUCUCGCUGUGUCACACAGCUGAAGCCACGUCCUGGCGCUGCCCCGAGCUGUGCUGGAGGGUGGAUGCUGUGAGGUAAGGAGAAGCGCUCCUCAGGGGCGAGGAGGAUCUUGCAAUGCAUCGCAUUCUUUCCCAAUCCUUUAAAAACCUCCUGCCAGAACAAACAGAGCAGCGUGCGUUGGAGGGGUGGGGAUGUGCUGCUCUCCAUGACAAGUGGGAGUGAGGGCUGUUUAUCCCGGGGUGGGGCUCCGAGUUGCCUACAAGACGUUCCCUUCCCCAGCCCAAAGGCUGUGUGUUUGGGUUCAGGCUGGGUUCUGCGGGGCUCCGCCACCCCGUGUGGUUCUGCCUGCGGAUGGGGAGCGGCGCAGAAAUGCUCUUCCAGCCUUUCAGGUCUAAAGGUAAAUGAGAUGGUUGCUUAUUUCUUUGCCGUCGGGGUGUUAUUCUGAACGGAGCCGGGUGCUUUCUGGAGGGAUUUCGAGGCUGAAGUGUUUGUGUUGGUGUGCCUCAGAGCUGCUGUGUGUGAACACGAAGGAAGCGGGGCAGGAUUUGUGCUGCUCUGCAGUUUCACGUGAAAGGUGGAACUCGGAGAAGGCACCCAUUCCUGCUGCUGGCAUCCCAUAACGGUGCUGAAGCAUCGUUUGCUGGCCUUCUUGUGAGGAUUCCUACGUGGAAGACUCAUGCAGACUUCUUUCUGUCUGGAUGGAAAGUGCCCUAAUGUGACAGGUGCUGGGAGGGAAUCUGUGGCAGCAUCAGAGAGCUGUGGGUUUUUAUUCUUGUACCUCGAGACCAUCUUUAUCUGACCUGUGAGUUUUCUCACCGCUUCUUGCUCUUUUUUUCCGCUCCCUGUCCUGCUGAGCUGGGAGGGACCCGGCAGCCCUGCAGGCGCUCGGCUGCAGCCUUUGGGGCACGGAGAUAAGUCGGACUGGAGCAGGCUGGACGGAGCGUGCUGCUGCUCGGUGGGGGUGUCCACAGCCAUGGAGGGGCUCGGCCUGCCUUGUCUGAAGCAACUGGAGCGGGAAGCAUUGCAGGAGGGGAGCUGGGAGAGACGCGUCGAGCCCUGCGGUGGAGCAGCAAGCUGCUUUCUCUGCUUCCUCUUAGGACUGACAUCCGCUCCCCUCAGUACUGAGUGACUCUGGUGGCUGAGAACCAUCUGAGUGUGAAUGGACUGACAGCUUGCACCCGCCUCGCUGGGGGUGCAUGGCCAGCACAGACCCUGCUGAAGACUCCCAAAUGUGGAGCACCAAACCCCGCAGACACGAAGGAGCUGCUGCCCCGGGGCAGCCCUGCACAGCCCGGCUCUGUGAUGGUGAGCCUGCAUGUUUGCCUUCCAACCCACAUCCGUGGGUCGAGACCUCCGACCUGGAACAGUGCUGGAUCCGAAGGGUGGUGAAACCUCUCCGUUUUCUGUCUCUCUCUCCCCUCCUCUCUUUCCUUCUGAGUGUCUUUUACUCGUUUUCCUUCGGUAGCCGUGGCCUAAUCUCGCCUUAGAGCUGUUGAUAAGGAAGAAACAACAGCUUUCAGAAACGCCUCCCUGUUUGCAGCGUUGUUUUGCUUUGCCUGGGCAGCUUGCAGAAGAAGCAGCGCGUGGAGCCCGGCCUCAUCCCGGCGCUGUGGGCACAACAGCUGCACCUUCCUCCUCCUCCUCCUCCUCCUCCUCCUCCCCUCUGGGAUGGAUCCUGCCGGCUCCCUGCGGUGGCUUUCAGCUUCUCAGCCAUCCUGAAGCGUUCCUACUGCUGUAUACUGUCUGCCUGUCCCUGCCCGGGGAUGGAACUGCAGGCCCUGUGCCACCACGGAGGGGACUCGAGGAGCCUGGGGUGGUGCCAUCUCAAACCUCAACGCCGUGGAUGUGGACUGUGGGGGGAGAACUGAAGCUGGAAGGGGUCCGUGCUGGAAUACUGCUGCAUGGGCUGCUGUCAGGCAGGUCUCCAGGUGCAGCAGGAGGGCUGAGGUCUCAAUAAGGGACUCCUGUCUGCAGUUCCAGCAGUCGGUGCUCCCAUGAGGAGUAGGGCCCUGUUUCUGGGCGGGUUUUACUGCGCUGCGUGGCAGAAAUCUGGUGGUGGCUGAACGGAAGCACAGCCCUUGGUGUUGUCAGGGACUGCGAGAGCAGCACCUGAAUGGCUUCAGUGUCCCACCAGCAUUGCUGUGUGGGGCAGCAGAGCAGGGGAGGUGCUGGAGAAGAGAAGAGACUCCUCGAGGUCUUUGGGAAGGCUGCUUUGCUGUGAAACAGCGAAACCGAGGGAGCUGCACAGAGAUCCAGCUCUUGGGAUGGACGCAGCUACAUCCCCAGCUGUGCCAGGAAAGCUUUCCUUGGAGCUCUGGGUUUCUGGAGAGCUCGUGCUCUGGGUUGUGACCGUGUGCGGGUGCCCUCUGCUGGGUAAGCUGAAAGAUGAGCUGUUUGCAGCGCCCGGGCAGCAGGCAUUGGCACGCAUCCAGCAGGAGAGCGUUGCUGGGCUUUGUGUUGUUCUUGGAGAGUUUCGCUCCACUUGUGAAUUCCUUGAACCUUGGCAUUGCGAGCCCGCUUGUGUUGGGCCCUCCUCCUUUUCAGCUUGCUCACAUUAAGACCCAGCUGGCUCUGCAGCAAUUGACCACCAGCAGCUCCGCGCCUCCUCAUGCUCGCUUCGGCCGGGCCGUUCUGAAAAGCACCAUGUUUAGCCCCAGAGGAGCGCUGCCGCAGAGGCCCAGAGGACCCAACCCGUCCGGAGCGAAGCCCCCGGGACCCUUCCAGGGCGGAGGCGUGACGGGACCGCAGAGAGCGCCGGCACCGGGAGCGCCCCGGGGGGCAGCGCCGCGUGCGUCGGGGCAGGACAGCGUGCCAUGGACCGGCUCGCAGCGCAUCAACGUCCGCGUCACCCUGCACAGGGCCGACCCGCGGCAGGCCAAGGCCAAGAGCAACCUGCACCAGGAGCAGAAGGGAGACGUGCGUGCGGGCCGCUGGGACGGCAGCCCCUGCCCGCCCCCCCCGGUUGUCUCGCAGAAGCCCCCCGCCCGGCUCCCGGAGCAGAAGGCCGCAGCGCAGAACCGCUACACGCCGGAGAGCGCUUCCAGCAUCCUGGCGAGCUUCGGGCUGUCCAACGAAGAUCUGGAGGAGCUCAGUCGCUACCCGGAUGACCAGCUGACACCUGAGAACAUGCCGCUCAUCCUCCGGGAGAUACGGAUGCGGAAGAUGGGCCACCCUCUGCCUGGCCUGCACUCCCAGAGCCGAGGGGAAGCGAUGAGCGGGACGAGCGGCGCGGCCGUCAAGGGCAAGGUGAUCGAUUACGGGCACGCAAGCAAGUACGGGUACACCGAGGAUCCCCUGGAGGUGCGUGGUUACGGCAUGGAAGCGCUGAGGGAGGAGUCUCUGGAAGCACGGCCCUACAACCCCGAAGCGCCGAGCGCAGAGAAGAGGGAGGAGUUCCAACGAGAGCAGAGCGUGCCCAUGGGCGUCCCGCCGGCCGGCGUGGCGUGCGGCCCGGCCUUCCCACCUCAGGACGUCAUGAAGCCCCCGCCGGCUUUCCAGAGCGACCCGGCCAACCCUCCCCCAUUUUUCCCAGCAGAGCCAGCGGGGAAGGCGGGCGGGCUGUGCGCGGCGCCCGUGGGGAAGGCCGGCCCCCCGCCCGCGGUGCUGCCCGUCAUGCCGCCCAUCCUGCCGCUGGCUGUGCCGCCCAUGGUGCAGCCCGUCGUGCCGCCGCUCAUCUCGCAGCCCGUGGUGCCCAUCCUCCCCCAGCCGCCCUUCUCGGCAGAGCUGCUGGCCAUCCUGGAGCAGCGGGACAGGAUCCAGCACGAGGCCGGGAGCAGCCAGCCCAGCGCCCCCAGCUCCGGGAUGGGGCAGAAGCCCUUCCAGCCGCAGCCCGAAGGGCCCGUUAAGUCCCCCUUUGGCGUUGUGAAGGCGUCGUGGCUCCCGUCGUUCCUGCAGUCGGACUCCCAGAAGAUCAAACGGUUGCCCACCCCGUCAAUGAUGAACGACUACUAUGCCACGUCGCCGAGAAUAUUCCCACAUAUGUGUUCUCUGUGUAACGUAGAAUGCGCUCGUAUGAAGGACUGGAUCCUGCACCAGAACACCCCCUCCCACAUCGAGAGCUGCCGCCACUUACGACAACAGUACCCCGAUUGGAACCCCGAGUCUCGCUCUUCAAAGCGGAAUGCUGCAGACAGGAAGGAGAACCAGACCCCGAAGCACCGCUCCAACUCAGCCAGCCCCGGCCCCAGGCGCCCGAGGCCCGCAGGCUCCAGCUAUGCCCCCCGGCACUCCCGCUCGCGCUCCCGGAGCCCGGGCCGCUACCGGCCGUCACGGCCCCGGAGCCGAAGCCCCCGGCAGGUGCGGCGCCUGAGCCCCAGGCACUGGUCACGGUCCCCACAAAGGUCCAGGAACCCCCUGAGGGGCAGCCCGCUGGCCCAGCGGUCCUCCAGCAAUGAGUGGUCAUCGAGGAGGGCCACCCGAUCUCAAGACAGGAAGGCAGCUCUGGAGGCGGUGAUGAAGACGUUGGGACCCGGCUUUGUGGCAGAGUUCAACAAGCACAAAUCAUCCCAAACAGCCACAGCUGGGGCGUCGGGCUCGGGGAAGUCAGCACCCUCUCAUGGAGCAGCAGGAAAAGCGCCUGGGAAUGGGAAGAAAACCCCAAAAACGAGCGUUGCUCCAAAGGCUGUGAAGAAGGACGCGGUUCCUCUGCCUGCAUCCGACUCCUGUCCUCAAAGUGAUGAAUCAGCCCAGGAGAAGGAGGUGGAAGAGGAGGAGGAGGAGGAGGAGGAGGAGGAGGAGGACUCACCUGCGGGGCCCAGCAGGCCUCGUGCUGCUCCCUAUAACCGGCUGUUGAGAGAGGAACUGCUGAACUGUGGGACGGUCCUUCAGAUCUCCAACUUACCGGACGACGGCUUUUCAGACCAGGACAUCAAAAAGAUCGUGCAGCCCUUCGGCAAAGUCAGCGAUCUGAUCGUGCUCCGCUCCAGGAACAAGGCCUACUUGGAAAUGAACUACAAGGAGGCGGUGAUAGCAGCCGUCAAGUAUGGUGAAACUGCGCCAGUGCUGGUGAAUGGGAAACAGGUGAAGAUCAGCGUCGCAGAGAAGCCCAAAGCAUCUCCCAGCCAGGCCAAAACGAGUGUCAAAAAGAGGACUCGGAUCAUCAAAAGAGCGGCCCCGAGCGCCAGAAAACACCCAACUGCCAGCACCGCCGCCACCAAGACAGCGAGAACGAUGGCAGGCAAAAAGGAGAAAACCAAGAAGCCCGUGGGGACCAAAGAGGGUAAACCCAAGAUGACCUCAGACACUGCAGCCCACUCGGAAGAAAAUGACUCCAGAGACCUUCAGAGCUCACCAGAAAGUGGGAUGGGAGCUGAGGAGGGCGGGCUGCCCGAGCCCGGGAGCCCUGUGGGAGGGGACGGCGGUGUCACAGAGCCCACGAAGGCAGGAGAGGCUCAGCCCAAAGCAGCGGGCAGUGCUGUGCCAUUCCUGGAGAAUCCUGCCCAGCUGCUCCAGGCGGUGCCGAUGGGCGUGGAUGGGCAGAAGGAAGCCGUAACUGAUGGAGAGGCUUCUGCGGCGACGGUGAAGAGCGAGGAAGCAGCGGAGCUGUGCAGCAAGGAAGCCGAUGAUGUGUGUGUGGUUCUGGUUUCCAACCUUCCCGACAAAGGAUAUUCCGUGGAAGAAGUUUCCAACCUGGCAAAGCCAUUCGGAGGGCUGAGGGAUGUGUUAAUUGUGUCCUCUCAUAAGAAGGCGUACCUUGAAAUCAACAGCAGAUCCGCAGAGUCCAUGGUGAAGUUUUACACCUGCUUUCCCAUGACGCUGGAUGGCAAUCAGCUGUGCAUCGCUAUGGCUCCUCAGCACAGGAGUGUGAGAGAUGAAGAAGCGAUAUUUACUGCUCUCAUCAAAGACUCUGACCCGAAGGUGAACCCUGAGACGGUGCAGCAGCAGUUUGUGCACCUGGGGAACUUACCAGAAGAGGGCUACAGAGAAUUCGAGGUGGUUUGCGUGGGGCUGCGCUUUGGGAAGGUCGACCACUACGUCGUGCUGAAGAACAGAAACAAGGCAAUUCUGCAGCUGGAGAGUCCCAAGGCUGCCAGGUCCAUGUACUGCUUCCUGAACCAGUACUCGUACACCAUGGGGGAGCACACCCUGACCUGCACGCUGUCCCCCAGCAGGCAGCAAGCUGAUCCCGACGCCGUGAGAAAAGAGGUGAAGAAGGAGGAGGCGAGCAAAGGAAGCUGUGGCUUGAAGAGAUACCCGGAGGGAUCGGGAGGGGUGCAGUCUGCAGCUGCUCAUCCUCCGGUGGAGCCCGGCGUGGUGAAGAAGGAACCCAUCUCCAUCCCUCCUGUGAAGGACGGGCUGCCAGCAGUGAAGGCUGAGCCUUCGGAGCCCCAUUUGGAAGGAGCACGGAGGGAUUCUGCCGCAGGGCCGGCAGAACCGACCCCCAGCCGGGCAGGGGCUGAGCUCAGCCGUGCGCCCAUCGGGUCAGCGGGGGCCGAACCGCCCGCAGCAAAGCCGGAAGAGAAGCUGCUGCCUCCUCCCUGCGCGGGGAAGGAAGGGCUGAAUCCGGAGGGCUCAGCCUCGAAGCUCUGCGUGCCCGCAGUCGGAUCCGCAGCACUGAAGGGCACGGUGCUGGCAGCCGAAGGGCCGCGUGCUGCCGGAGAGCUGCCGGGAGGCGCGGCGGGCCGGGCUGACCCCGCGCCGGCCGGCACUGCCGCCCCACCGACGGCGGGGAGGACGUGGGGGGCUGCCCCCAAAGCUGUGCCCGCAGACGUGGCUUCGUCUGCUGUCCCACCCAGAAACCCGAAGGCGGAUGCUGCCCAAAAGAGCCGUGUUAAUGAUUCGGUGAAAACGGAACGUGAACAGCAGAGGGUUCCGACGGCGGAGCUGAAAGCUGAGUUUGAGGCCGGGGCUGACGGUGGGGUGGAGGCGGAGGUGAGCGGUGGGACUGCUGCGGAGGAGAGCUGCCCACUGCCGCCGGUCCAAACUGCAGCGGAGGUGGAGAGGAAACGGGAGCGGUGUGGGGCUGAGGUCGGGGCUGCCGGGGAAAACGCCGCCAAGAACGGGAAGGAAAGGACGGGGAGUUUAAUCAGAGCGCCUCAAAGCAAAGAAAGCAGGCCAGCAACAACCAAAGGAGCCGGCGCAGCUGCCGCGUCGGACGCCCCUUCGUCCAUCAAGGAGCCUUCCUCUGCCGCUAAAGUAGUUCUGAAGGCGGUGGUGUCUGUUCCCGACAUACUGAAGCCGAGGGUUGCGGUGCAGAGAAGCAAACCUGCCCUGUGCAAAGGAGAGGAGCGGGCGGCUCCGUCCAAAGCCAGGCCCCAGGGAGCAGCAGCGGGGCAGAGGAAGGCAGCAUUGAAAGAGGAGGCUCAGCCCAGCAGCUCUGGGAAGGCUGGCGGUGGGAGGAACGCGUCCCAGCAACAGAAGGACUCGCAGGGGGAGCCCAGGGCUGCUUCAAAGCAAUGGCAGGACGGGGAGAGCAGAUGGUCCGGCACGAAGAAAGACGGCAGCAGCACUAAGGUUUCCACUGGAGGCACUACGAGGGCGUCCAAAAGCAGCAGCAGCGGCAGCACGAAGCAGAAGGAGGAAGAAGAGCUGUUUCCAUUCAACCUGGACGAGUUUGUCACCGUGGACGAGGUGAUGGAGGAGAGCGAAUCCCCCGUGAAACCGCAGCGCGGGCAGCCCAAGGGGAAGAGGAAGGAGUGCUGCAGGUGCGGCUCGGAGCCCGGCUCCAAGAGGAGGAAGGAGAGGAGCCCUCCGCAGCGCCUCGCCGACAGCCAGCUGUCCUUCGUCAUGUUGGACGAGAUCGGCGAGGAGGAGGAGGGGGAGGAGGAGGGGGAGGCGGGCGCUCGGCUGGGCAUGCUGGUGGUGGACGAGGUGGUGGAGGAGGAGGAGCCGACGGCCGAGGUGGGCAAAGAGCCGCCCGAGGGGGGGCGGCGGCGGCGGCGGCGCUUUGCGAGGGCGGACUUCGAAGCCGGAGCCUUUGGUGACGGUGGAUGAGAUCGGGGAGGUGGAGGAGCUGCCGCUCAAUGAGCCCACCGAGCUGAGCGCCGAGGAGGGGCCGAAGCAGAAGGAGGAGGAGGAGGAGGAGGAGGGCGGCGCCGAGGAGCCGUGCCCGGUGCCCGACGAUCCCAGCGCUUUGGUGACGGUGGAUGAG